AUCUAACAAAAAGAAACACUAAGCACUGAGCACUUUGAAAGAAAAUAUAUAGCAAAAAUGAAGCAAUCUCUUUUUCUUUCCAUAUUAAUACUGCUAUCAUCAUCAUUUGCACAAAUCCAUACCCGCAACAAAUCAUAUCCGGCAAACCCUCCCUCACCGGUAGCAACUCCAGCACCUGGACCAUCAAAUUCUGAUUGCUCGAGCGUUAUAUAUGACAUGAUGGACUGUCUCUCGUACCUUACCCCUGGAUCAAAUGAUACUAAGCCCACGAAAGUGUGUUGUGGGGGAAUCCUAUCUGUUCUACAAUAUAAUCCUAAGUGUGUUUGCAUCGGCUUAGCGAGUAGCAAAGAUAUGGGUAUUGCACUGAAUAACACAAGAGCUCUUGCCAUGCCUACGAUUUGCAAGCUCCCCAUUGCUGCUCCUCAUUGUGCUAUACUGGACGUUUCGAGGCCGAGUGCAUCUACUCCUGGUAUGUCUUCAGUUUCUCCAUCGGCUGUAACACCUAUGACUCCACAGUCUUCCGCCCAGUCACCCACAUUUUCACCAUUUUUGCCUGAGUCGCCGGGCAUCACUGCACCAUCUCCAUCAAGUUCUCGCACCAACCACCUAUCAGUUUCAAAAUUGACCUUCGUUGCCGCUGUAGUUUCUUAUAUAACUUACAUUUCGGUUUUUUCUAAUUAAUUACAACUUUCAAGUUUUCAUAUAUUUCUUCUACUGAAUUGAACAUUAUAUGUUUAUGAUUUCAA